AUGUCCGCAUUCCGCUGUCAAGAAGGAUUGCCGACAUCGGCCCACGUGGUUUUCAAAGUGGGCCGACGCCACGGAGCCGAGAAAUGUCGAUGCCGGAGACAAUCCAUCAAGGUCCCCUCCCCAGACACCGAGUCAACCUCGUCUCGAGGCACCCGAUGGAUCCGGCAGAAGACAACGGAAUCCGGGGCUCAGGAAGCCCCGCCCCUCCGCGCACACCGCUCUCCCGCCCUCCCCCGGCCACCCGCCGUUCCAACACGCCUAGCGCGGAGCCUCUACAUAUCCCACUUCCUCUCCACCUGGAACUCGCGCCUCUUCGAGUUCGGCGCCGUCCUCUUCCUCGCCUCCAUCUACCCAGACACCCUCCUCCCCAUGUCCGUCUACGCCCUCGUCCGGAGUGCCGCCGCCAUCCUCUUCGCCCAGACCGUCGGGUCCUACAUCGACCACGGUGACCGCCUCGCCGUCGUCCGCGCUUCCAUCGUCGGCCAGCGCGUCGCCGUCGUCGCCAGCUGCGGCCUCUUUUGGGCUCUCGAGCUGAGGCGCGGGGCGUCUGGCGGCGCUGUGGGUGGUUGGCUGUUUGCCGCGCUGGUGUUGCUGGCGUGUGUGGAGAAGCUGUGCUCUGUCAUGAAUCUGGUUUCCGUUGAACGGGAUUGGGUUGUAGUCAUUACUGAAGGGAAUGAAGAGGCGAGAAGAACCCUUAACGCGCAGAUCCGCCGCAUCGAUCUCCUGUGUAAACUCGUCGGCCCGCUCGUCAUCUCCACAAUCGCAAUCGCCUCCACCUUGGUCGCGAUAUGGGCAACCUUGGCGAUGAACCUUGCCGCCGUGGGCCUCGAGUAUGUAUGCAUCGAACGAGUAUACAAGAUGGCACCCUCCCUGCGUCGGCCCCAGCACCCCUCUCCCGACCCCGAAGACGGACAAGACGAAACCGCCGGUCUCCUCUCAACAGCAAGCUCUCGCCCAGAAGCCCACCCAUGGCUGCAGCGGCUGCCGUCCCUCGCGCACACCAUCCUACCCAUCUCCUCGCUACCCUUCUACUUCCGCCACAGCGCAUUCCUCCCCUCCUUCUCCCUCGCGCUGCUCUACCUCACCGUCCUCUCCUUCUCCGGGCAGAUGGUCACCUUUCUUUUAUCGGUUGGCUAUAGCCCCGGCCACGUGGGCCUCGCUCGCACCGUCAGCACCGUCUUUGAGCUGAGCGCGACCUGGAUCGCGCCCCGGCUCAUGGACCGCAUCGGCGCCGUCAGAGGCGGUAUCUGGAGCGCUUCGUGGCUCAUGGUCUGGCUUGCCGCUGGCGUGGGCUACUUUGCCGUCGAGUUGCGCCGUCCGGACGCCGACCUCAUGGCCGCUGCGAGGGUGCUUACUAUUGGCGUCGCUGUCAGUCGCGUGGGCUUGUGGGGGUUCGAUCUGUGCGCGCAAAGUAUUGUCCAAGAUGAGGUCGAACACGGCUACCGGGGCGCAUUUUCCACCGUGGAAGCCGCUUUCCAAAAUCUCUUCGAGCUAGCUUCGUACUCGAUGACCAUCAUCUUCUCGCGGCCAGAUCAGUUUCACUGGCCGGUGGCCAUUAGUGUGGGCGCCGUAUACCUUGCCGGUGGACUGUUUCCCAGCGGCACGAUGACGAUACCGGACGGCUUCCUCGACGACCCGCGGUUCAGCAGGACCUUUGAGUUCCAGCUCCCCGACCACCUAGCAAACGGGCGCACCGCGCCAUUCAAGGUCGGGUACGCCGACUUUGGCUUCCGCGACGAGGAGCACCCCGAGCAGGAACGCGUAUUCCUCUACUUUGCCCCCUCCUCAGCUCGCGGCUCGUCCACCGGAGGCACCAUCUACGCCCUGGACCUGCUCCUCCACCACCACGAGCUCCUGGACCCGGACAUGCCCUACCUAGCCGCCGGCGCGCCGUGGAUCCACCCCUCGCACACCAACUCGACGACCAUGAGCCUCGUGCAGACCUUCCCCGCCGGGCUGAUUGGCACGACGGACAAGCUCGCCAAGCUCUUCGUCAACCACCUCGCCCCCGUCAUCGGGGGCAGCAUCAACCUCAGCAUGGCCCUCGCAUCCAAAGUCACCCCGGAGCCCAAGCCCGCCGAGGCCGGCGGCGACGGGGCCACCCCCAAGAGAGAGGGCGCCGCGUUCGAGGAGGAGGUGUGGCCCUCCGUCAUCAAGCGCAUCCAUUCGGAGAGCAUUCAGGGCCUCUCGCCCGAGUCGGUGCUGCUCAUGCAAAAGGGAAGUGGGUGGAGUGAUUGGAAGGAUUACGACACGCUCGUGCCGCGCUUGGUCGAGGGUUUGCGCGCGGCGGGGAGGCGGCUGGUGGUGGAUGUGUUUUAUGCCGAGAAGGAUUGGAUGAUUGGGGAUGGGGGCUCCAAGGGCCCGCUGUGGUUUGACGGAUGCUGGAGUAAGGGGUACGACGAUGUGAUUGAGUUCAAGAGUAGGACGAUCGAAGGGGCGGACCACGAUAGUAUAUGGGAGCUUCGAUGGGAAUGUGUGCACCAAGUCUUGGCGAAAAUCACCAUGAGGCGGCCACCCAAAUGCGAGACCUGUCUAGAUCUUGACAAGUAUCAAUUCUAUUCCAAACUGGAACAAUGCCGAAACCACGAUCUUCCUUUACUUGAUGUGCUCGAGUCGGCGAAAAGGGGAUGUCAGAAGUGUCAAGCGCUCGCCGAGGCUGCGAGCUAUCACGCUCCUGAUCAUGUUGAAACCCCGAAAAACUACAAGUUCAACCUCCACGAAAGUGCCGGCGUUCUUAUGUUCGUCAUCUACGGCUCGUUAGACCUAUCCGGCGAGGACGAGGGGGUGACGAUGCUAUUUACUCAGGACGACGACAAGUGUCCGUGGUCUCUAAUACCGCAACUGCACGACGUACCACGGCCCGAAACCCUCCUCAGCGACGAGCUCAUCUCCCAAAUCGAAGGCAGACCAGGCAGGGGGUCAAACACCGGCCUCCAAGUCCGCCUGCUCGAGCCGCACGCGGAGGACGUGGAUCGGUACGUCUGCCUCAGCCACUGCUGGGGCCUGCACCCCAUCAUCACCACGCGGCGCGACAAUGUGGACCGCCACAAGACAGAAAUCCCGUGGGACGAGCUCUCCCAAACGUUUCGCGACUCGCUGAGCUUCGUGUUCGAGCUGGGCAUCCGCCUCGUCUGGAUCGACUCCCUCUGCAUCGUGCAGGACGACGGCGACGACUGGCGCCGCGAGGCGGGUAAAAUGGCCGCCUACUACCGCAACGCCUACUUCACCCUCGGGGCUUCCUCGGGCGCCGACGGCACGGCGGGUCUCCUCCGCCCCGACGCCCACCAGCAGACCACCGUCGAGAUCACCGCCCACGACGAGAAAACGUCGCAGCCGGUCCGCAUCACGGCGCGCAAGCCGCUCAACCACCAAUUCGGCACGGUCCAGAGCCUCAUUCGCGAUUUCCCCCUCCUCACCCGGGGAUGGGUAUACCAGGAACACAUCCUCUCGCGGCGCUUCCUCCACUUCGCCCCGCGCGAACUACUCUGGGAGUGCCACGGCACCACAACUUGCCAAUGCGGCGGGGUAGCCCACGUGCCCGAAACCAGCGUCGAGUCCAACGCCGCGCUCGCCGUCGCCCACGCCGCGAACCUGCGCGACAACAAGCGGCAGACCCUGUGGUACGAGCACGUGCAGAACCUGACCAAGCUCGACUUCACCCUCGCGGCCGACUACCUGCCCUCGCUCGCGGGGCUGGCCGGCCUCGUGUCGGCGGGGGACGAGGCGCCCGUGUACCUGGCGGGCUUGUGGCGGGAGACGCUGGCCAUGGACCUGUGCUGGGCGUUUGCCGAGGAGUCGGCGCGGCCGGCGGCGCAGAGGCACGUGCCGUCGUGGUCGUGGGCGUCGGUGCGGGGCGAGGUGACGUACUCGGGUCCCCAGGGUUGCGUGCAGUACGUGCAAGAGUGCCACGAGAAAGGUCUGGAGCCUGCGCUGUCGACGGCGCGGGUCGUUGGAGUGGAGUACGCGCCGGAUCCGCCGCCGAUUAUCGGGCUUUUGGAUGUGGGCAAAAUCACGUUGAGAGGUGCGGCGGUGCCGGCGACGCUUCGAGAGCAGGUUGUCAAGGGGUCUCUACGCGUGGUUGACGUCGUCUUGGGAGACGAGCAGGUAGAUGAAGGUCUCGGUAUACCAGACCGCCUCGCUCCUCUGUUUGACUCUCAACUACCGGAUUCCAACAUGGUGCCCGGGGAACCGAUUCUGGUCUUCAAGGCCCUAGAGUGGACCAAGGGACUCGAAGCGCAGGGGCGGACUUUGACGAGGGCUGCGUUUCUCCUCUUACAGGAAAAUCCGGGCAGUGAUGGGGAGUACAGGAGGAUUGGGAUCGCGUGGGCGAAUCACCGCAACUCGGUGCCGGCAACGAAGGAGGGGAAACCGAAUUUCAUACUUUGGUUUAGGCAGGCUUCCGAGGAGAGACAGGUGACGCUGGUCUAG